AUGGCUGCGCCAACCAUUCGCAUCCAGGCUGCCGUAGUUCUGGCUCUCCUCCUCUCAUGUAAGAGGCAGUGGUAUCCAAUUCUCCCAUACCUCCGCACCGCCAAUAACGCCCUCACUUCCCACUUCCCUGAUUUUACAUAUCUUCUGCGUGCAGCAUCAGUGAGUGGCCCUCUGGUGAUGUGUGGCUCUGGCGAGACGGAGGGGUCAGCCCAGCUGGAGCUCGUGAGAAGGGGCGUGGCUCUCUUCCUUACAUACAAGCUCACCACCCAGGCCGGCACUCGCCCCUCCUCCAAACCCCACCUCCUCACCACCAACCCCUGCCCCUCCUCCUCCUCCACCACCACUGCGACCACCGCUUCUCUCUCCCUCAACCCAGCUCUCUCGGCUCAUCUUGGCAGCUCUCUCACUGCCAAUCCCCUCAACGCCACCGCGGGCGCUGCUGCUGGAGCCUCAGCCAGUCUUCUCAACACCUCUGCGGGUGUUGGUGCUACCGUUGGGGCAUCUCUUCCCAAUGGAACGGUGGAUGCAACAGGAGGUGUCUUGGCGUCUGCUGGACUCAUGGGCACAUCCGUGGGUGUUGGCGCUACUCUUGGAGCGUCUCUUCCCAACGGAACGGUGAACACAGCAGGAGGUGUCUCUGCCUCCACAGGUCUGCUCAACACAUCAGCAGGAGUGGGCGCUGGUGCUGCAGUCUCUCUCCCCAACGGCUCUGUCGCUGCAGCGGGUGAUCUCUCUGCUUCCACCGCCCUCCUCAACACAUCCGCUGGUGUUGGAACCACCGUUGGCGUCUCCCUUCCCAACGGCUCUGUCUCUGGAUCCGGUUCUCUGGCUGCUUCCACUGGACUCCUCAACACAUCAGCCGGGGUAGGAGCCACGGCCGGGGUAUCCCUUCCCAACGGCACUGUCGGUGCAACGGGCGGCGUUGCUGCGUCCACGGGGCUGCUCAACACGUCUGCUGGUGUUGGCGCCAGCAUUGGCGCUUCCCUUCCCACUGGCACUGCAUCAGCAGCAGGAGGCCUCUCUGCCUCGUCCGGUCUGCUCAACACGUCAGCCGGAGUGGGAGUAGGAGUAGGCGUGUCUCUCCCCAAUGGCUCCCUCUCGGGCUCUGCCUCCCUUGGUGCCUCCUCCCCUCUCCUCAACACUUCAGCCGGCGCCGGGGCUGCUGUCAACGCAGGCUCGGGCGGCGUCAACGCCAACCUCGGAGCCUCGGCAAACCUCGGCGGCUCGGUCUCUGGCCUCAUCUCCGGCGUGGGCGGGGCUGUGGGGAAUCUUGUAGGCUCGGUGGGGAGCAUGGCAGGCUCGGUGGUAGGCUCGAUGGGCAACAUGGGAGCCUCGGUUGGGGUUUCUCUCUCCCCGAUUGCGGUGCUGAACGGUGGGUGGGUGGCUACCAGUGGUGGCGCCUACGCCAUGGUCGGGCAGACCCGAGUGUCGGCAGCGCUGGCAUCGGCCCUCGUCACCCGCAUGUCUACCAACCUGCCCCUCUUCCUCACCAUGCAGGUGGGAGCGCAGGGCAGCCUUGUAGCCAGGAUGGAGUAG